GGUCUCUAAUGGUGUGUUGAGCAUGAUGCGUAUGUGGAGUGCCCAGAGUUGCCACGGGUGGGGGCUCAUUCACCAAUACCCUCCCCUUCCGGGUGUUGGCGGGGAAAUGUGUCCGUGAGCGCUUCCGUGGGUGCGGUCCUUUCUACGUGUCCCUUAGCUGCUCACGAGGCAGCGCCGUGGCUGUGGCCCGUUGUAGCGUCCACGCUGCGAAUCGGAUUCGUGUGCGCAUAUGUGGCGCUGCCUAUUGUCUCUUGUCUGUAUUUGGUGUGUGUGUGUGAGGGUGCCGGGUAUGUUUAUUUUGCAGGAAAUAUGUAUUUGUUGUGAGUCGUAACUUUAGUGUCGUCCACGUGUUGCUUCCGUGUGGCCGAAGUUCACCACAGGCGUGUUGGGAUACGGGCAAUAUUCUGUCAAACAGUAAGGUAUUCUGCUUUUUCAAAAUCGUUUUAUUUAAAAAACUAUUAUUUCUUUAAUGCAUUUCUUCUGCUUGAAUGCACUGGAAGGCUCCUUAGAGUUGAUUUGCACUGGUAAACCGAUUCUAAAUGUAUGCAAAAAUUAUACGCAUCCUUAUAUUUGACCUGACUCCUAGAUGUUAUUUUCGAAACUGAAAUGUUUUGACUCUAUGUUGUGUUUCUUCAAUAUGACACAUUCGUUUUUUUAUUGAUCCCUGUUUCGUUUUUUUUUGUUUGUACCGCUCUGGUAUCUUUUCGACGCUGCGCUAACACGUUGUUACCUGUGCGGAAAUCGACAGAGGCAAACAAGGAGGCAUGUCACGUGGGCAGGCCUUCGCCGUGAUUGAGGCCCGUCAGCGGCGCGAGGCAUUUAUGCGGGAAUUUGAGGCUUCACAGGCAUCAGAGCUUCGUCAGAAGCUGAAUGUAGAGUGGGAGUUAAAGGGGAAUGCAAAAAUAUACCAGAAGGAGUUGUUCCGUGUAUUAGAUAAGGUGGAGGCACGACAUAACGACACCUUGGUCGAGCGUCGCAAACGUCUUGCCGAUCUUCUCUGCCGUGAGCAAGCGCAGUAUGAUCACAUGUUGGCGAACCUGACUGAGACGGACGGCCAGCGUCGGGAGCGUCUGAUCCGCAAGGCCAAGGAGCUGCGCGCUCGACGAGAGGAAGAGAGACGUGCUGAUAUCGCGCAACGGACCGAUCGUCUCUUCCGGGAAAAGAUCGACCAACUCCGCGAGGCGGAGAGUCGCCUGAAGGUGAUGCAGGUCUCGGAUGCGCGUUUUAGCCAACUGGAGGAGGCGAAGCGCAGACGAGAAAACGAGGCGGAGGAAGAUGCAUUCUUUGCUCAGCAGGCAAUGGAGGCCCAGCGGCUAGCUAUCGAGCGGACGCAACGCGAUCUAGAGGUUGCGUACGUAAGCGGUGAGAAGUUGAAGCGAGAUCUUGCGGCACAGGUGGAGGGUAAUGCGAUGCGGAAGAGUCAAGCGGCCGAGGAGCAGCAACGCGAGAAUGAAGAGUUCAAGCGUCUUGUCCACGAGGAGCACGUACAGGAAAUGCAGAAGCGCGCUGCUCGCCGGCAGGCUCAGUGCAAAUUAGCCCAGGAAAUGAAGGAGCUCAAUGAGACGCUGCAGCGUGCCCGUAAGGAGGAGUACGAUCGGCUGCAGCAGGAGGAUAAAGAGCUCCUCGACUCCAUCCUCGCCGAGCUCGCCGAGGAGAAGCUUCAGCAGCAGGAGGCGAAGCGGGAGGCGAUCCGUGAGCGGCAGGCGGAGUGGGAUGACCUUCAGCGCCAACUCGCGCAGGUGAAGCAUGACGAGCAUGCGAACGAUCAGCUCUGGGUGGAGGCGAAUAACCGCGAGUGGGAGAAGCGCGAGGCGCGCUGGCGGGCCGAUCAGGCGAAGCGGGAUGAGCUCCUCCGCCACAUCCUCGAGGUCCGCCGUCAGCAGGUGCGUGAGGUCCAGCAGAGGCGGCGCGACGACGCGGCCGCUCGCAAACGCGACUAUGAGGAGGUCGUGCUUGCGUCGACGAAGGACGACGGGGCCGGGGAGGCGGCACGGCAGCGACGCGCGCGCGCGCACGAAAACCAGGACUUUCUGCGCGAGCAGAUUAACCAGCGCGCGGCGAGGGAGCAGGCCGAGAGAAUGGAAAAGCAGCGCUGCCUGACCGAUCAGCAGUCCCUCGUGGCGCUUUACAAGGACAGUGUUGAGAAGGAGAUUCAGAACCUCGAGACGGCGAAACCGGCGCGAUACAAGGACGUCCCGCUUCUACCACCGCAUCAGCGAAACCGACCUUUUUAG